AUGACUUCCAAUAAUCAAGAUAUAUCACCUACUGAAUCAGAGAAUUACCCCACGAUUAAUAUUGAUCAAACAACUGCUCCACUUGAAAGAACUACAUCACCAAGAAUCACUUUAACUAGACCAAGUGAUGUUAAUAUAAAUCAUGAUGUAGAAAAUCUAGUAUCACCUCAUGUCAUUGAAAUCCAGCCACAACAUGAAUCAACUGAAGAAACCCCAUUGUUGGCUAAUGUUGAUAUUGAUAAGAAUGUACCUUCACGUGGGAAGAAAUUAUCAAGAAUAUACUCAUUGAUGGUUAUAUAUAGUAUGAUCAUCGUAAUUUUUGUUUUAUUGGGAUGUAUCAUAUAUAAUGUUGUUAUUAAUUUGGAAUCAUCGAUUGAUAAAUCCAUUCAUUUAAACAUCAAUGAAGUAUCAAUGCAAGAAAUAACUCCAUCCGGGAUAGAUGUACAUAUUAAUGGUGAAGUAGAGAUAAAUUAUAAUAAGAUUGACAAUAGUAUUCAACGUAAUAUGGUUAAAUUAUUUACUGGUGUUUUUGGAAGUUUGGUUAUAAGUAAUCUACAACCAGUUGAGAUAUAUACUAAAUUUAUUGAUUUAAAUUCACCAUUUAUUCAUUUGGUUGAUUCUUCACCACCUCCAUUGGAAGUUGAAAUUAUCAAUAUGGCAAAUACAACUAUUGAUUUUGUAUCUAAAUGUCAAUUUGUAAGUACUGGAUUUGUUGAAUUUCUUAAAUACUAUUAUCAAUUGGAUGAUGAAAUUAAAUUUGAAAUCAAAGGAUUGAGUAAAGAAGUUGAAAUACAAUCAUGGUUUAUUAAAAAAGUUGUCACAAAUGUUGAAUUCCAUGAUUUUAUAACGGUGAAUAAAAAUGAAAUUGUUCCUGAUGUGAAUAUAGAUAAAUUUGAUCUUAGUUCAAAUGGGGGUCAAGAAAUUAACAUUCAAGCUGAUGCAUCGAUAAUAACAAGGCUACUACCUUUGGGAAUUAAUUUACAAUUCGAUCCAAUAAAUUGGAAUUUAUUCUUUGAGGAUUGUGAUAAUGGAAUGAUUAAUGUAGGUGAUUGGAAAAGUUCACCAUUUGAAAUUACACCCAAUGAACCAAUUAGUUUAACCGUGAUUGGAAAUAUCACAUCGAUGCCUGAUCCAUUAAUGGAAGAUUGUGAAAAUGAUGGGAAGAGUCCCAUUAAUAGAAUUCUUGAAAAGUAUUUAAAUGAAGAACCAAUUGAAUUUUAUUUACAAAUGAAAGAGCAAGGAAAUAUUCCUGAUUGGAUAUUUAAGUUUUUGCACGAUUCACCGAUUAAAUUAGCAAUUAAAUUACCAAAGAUAAAUCUAGGUUAUAUCCCAUUGGAUUUUACUAUAAAUUCUUCAGAACUUGACUUGAAAGAUAACUUAACAACUACCAUGAAUUCUAAUUUGUCAAUCAUUACUAAAAGAUCCAACAUAGAUUUUGAUGUAAGUCAAUUUAAAAUAAAUUUUGAAUUAUUAGGAAGAAAGAAAUCAACGAUAUUAGUUGGUAGUUCAAAUAAUGAAUUUGUUAAAUUAAACAUGACUCAAAAUGGAUAUUUAAACAUUGCUGCUUUAUUACCAAAUAUGGAUCUUGCUGUACCAGAUCCAGCAGAAUUGGGAUUUGUGAUUAAUCAAUUGUUGAACAAUUUUAUAAUUCAAAGUGAUAUGUAUAUGUCAGCUGAUAUCCGUGAUACUACUGUGUCAUUACCAUUUUGGAAAGAUCCCAAAGUGAUCAAACAUGUCUCAAUUCCUGCUGUUCAGAUAUUACCACGGGUUCACUCGUUAGAUUACACACAAGAUUUGUUGAACAAUUUAACUAUUGAUAACAUUUUCUUGAUUGAAUCGAGUGAUACAAAUAUGAGAUUGUUGGUUGAUUUGACAUUAUUAAACCCAACUAAUUUCACUAUUGAUUUAUCGGAUGAGAUUAUAUUAGGAAUUUCCAAGAAUAAUUCCUUGAUUGAUUUGAUAACAAUAAAGAAUUGUCAUAUACCAAGAGGAGAUUUUUUCAAUGUGACUCUUGAAAUGAAUAUUCAGGCAUUGAAUUAUUAUGAUCAUGCAAAUUUAGAAUAUUCUAUAAGUUCAUUUUUAUCGGGUAAGAAUUUAACUAUUGAUGUUGUGAAUAAUAGUGCAUCAAGUUGGGCAUUGAAUGAAUUAAUCAAGCAAAUUAAUGUUAAUGAUUUAAUUGUUUAUUCACCACCUGAUUUACACAAGAAAUUUAUAAUCGACGCCACGAUUUAUCCUUUAUCUUCUGAUGUUCAAAUCACAGUAUUUAAUCCUAUUCAAAAUAGUGAAAUUGUUGUUGAAGUUUAUACUGCUUAUGCUAAAACACAUGAUGAUGAACAAAUCAAUUUGGGACAUUUAUUACAUAGAGAAAGAUUAGUAAUACCACCUGGAUUAUAUAAAACACCUAGAUUACCAAUUAAAAUUGAAUCAUUGGGAAUGGAUAUAUUUAAGAAAUAUUUUAAUGGAGAAUUAAAUGUUGAAGUUGAUGUUGUAUUCAAAGUUGAAAUUGAUCAAUUUGAUGUACAAUUGUUUUAUAAAGGUGAUAUAGAUACUAAAGUAGGCACACAUAUUAUUUAG